AUGGUGGAGGGCUUGUCUUUUGCUCUGCGAUACGAUGUGAGCUGUAAACCUUCAGGCACUGGGCACUCGGAUGAUGAGUUUGAAGAGAACCAUCACGACGCACGAGCUCUAGCGGAGGAGACACCCAGUAACACCUACUCAUAUGACCCGGUGCAGUGGCAGAAUGCAUGGCAAGAGAGUGUGUCAUAUAACGAGGAGGAUGUGUCCAAUAUCCCCAACCGCAACAAGGAAGGCAGGGAAUGGGAGUAG